AUGACCACGCUGGAGGAGGAGCACGAGGCUUUCACCUACGCCAUGCAGCUGGUAUGGACAACCGUUCUCCCGAUGGCUCUCAAGGCGGCAAUCGAGCUGAACCUCUUCGAGAUAAUUAAUCGGGCUGGUUCCGGCGCCCAACUCUUCCCCGAGGAGAUUGUCACCUAGCCUCCCACUGAGAACCCGCAGGCGACAGUCAUGGUGGACCGUGUCCUCCGCCUCCUCGCCAGUUACUACAUCCCCACCUACUCUGUCGUCAACGGCGAUGGCGGAAAGGUCCGCAGACGCUAUGGGCCACUGUCUCAAGGUUCCUCACACCGAACGAGGAUGGCGUCUCUGUGGCCCCUCUAACUCUCAUGAACCAGGACAAGGUUUCCAUCGAGAGCUGGUAUUACUUGAAGGACUCGGUUCUGCAGGGGGGGAAUCCCCUUCAACAAGGCCCACGGAAUGACGGCGUCAGAGUACAAUGGGACCGACCCCAGGUUCAACAAUUUGUUCAAGGCCACAAUGUUCAACAACUCCACCAUCACCGUGAAGACGAUGCUGGAGAUCUACGGGGGGUUCGACGGGCUUGGGGUUCUGAUGGACGUUGGUGGCGGGAUCGGCGCGACACUCAACAUGAUCAUCUCCAAGCACCCAUCCAUUAAGGGUAUCAACUUCGAUCUCCCCCAUGUCAUCGCCGAUGCGCCCUCCUUUUCAGGUACGACAAAGGCCAGCACAGCCCCCAGUCCUCGCGGUUCAUUCACAUCCACUAGUUUCUUGUGGCGACGGAAGAAUUAGCCAGGUAGGCAUUAAUUGAAAGAAUUCUCCUUUUCUUGGCGUAGGAGUGGAGCAUGUGGGGGGCAAUAUGUUCGCGAGCGUCCCCAGUGGAGACGCCAUCUUCAUGAAAGUAAUCGACUCUCUCACCAUUGAUUUCCCUGCUUUGCUUCCUCUCUCUCUUAUCUACUCGCUUUAACACUCUCUCGAAGUUGGGUUUGCAGUGGAUCCUUCACGACUGGAGCGACGAGAACUGCCUGAAGGUUCUGACGAACCGCUGGAAGGCGCUGCCGGAUCUGGGAAAGGUCAUCGUCAUGGAGAGCAUUCUACCGCAGACCCCGGAGAGGACCAGGGAGGCGCAGACCCUGUUCCUGGGGGAUCUGCUCAUGCUCGCCUACAACCCUGGCGGCAAAGAGAGGACUGAGGAGGAAUUCCAGUCGCUGGCGAAGGGCGCGGGGUUCACGGGGUUUGCCAAGGUGUGCACCGCCUUCGGCCUCUGGAUCAUGGAGCUCACCAAGUGA